CUGAGAUCUUGGAUUCCGUUUCGUUCUUCAACACGAUUUGUACACACAAUUCUUUUGUUUGUGAGCGCUAUAAAAGUGUUGGUCCGCAACUCUAGGGGCAUCAGUAACCGCUUGCUUAGCAUCUCUAAACAACCAGCAACUACUACGAGCUCGUCAUGCGUCCAUUUGCCAUUUGCUCCGCGCUGCUAGCCCUCGCCGCCCUGGGCGUGGCCACUCCUUUGAGCAACACCUAUCUGCCACCACAGGCCAAUGCGUAUAGCGGCUACAGCUCGGCGGGAUCGAGCGGCGUCGGCUCCUAUACACCAUCGAGCUCCUACUCGUCGAGCUCGCACGGCUCCAGCUAUGCAGCGCCAUCUCGACAGUAUCUGGCACCGGCUGCAUCCCUCAGCAGCUACUCGACCGCAGGCGCCAGCAGCUACUCUGCCCCAACCAUCUCACACGGCAGCUACAGCUCAACUGGCUCAACCUAUGCAGCUCCGUCGCGCCAGUACCUGGCUCCAGCUGUCUCACGCAGCAGCUACUCGGCGCCGGCUGUCUCUCGCAGCAGCUACUCGGCUCCAGCUGUUUCGCAUGUGAGCUACUCCGCUCCAACUGUCUCUCGCAAUAGCUACUCAUCCUCUGCCUCUACAUAUGCUCCAUCCCGGCAGUACCUGGCACCAGCUCAAAGCAGUUACUCCGCUCCAGCAGUCUCCCACAGCAGCUACUCCGCUCCAGCUGUCUCUCGCAGCAGCAGCUACUCAUCCUCUGCCUCCACACAUGCUCCAUCCCGCCAGUACCUGGCGCCAGCCAUCUCCCAAAGCAGCUACUCCGCUCCAGCUGUUUCGCAUGUGAGCUACUCCGCUCCAGCUGUCUCUCGCAGCAGCUACUCCUCCUCUGCCUCUGCUCCAUCCCGGCAGUACCUGGCACCAGCUCAAAGCAGCUACUCUGCUCCAGCAAUUCAUGAGCUGAGGUAUUCCGACUGA